CGUUAAAGCUUCAAGCACAGUAUUAAAAAAUAAAAAAAAUUAAUUUAAAAAUAAAAAUUGAAAAAAUUUUAAUCUCCAAGGAAGAUGACUCGUUUUGCUGUUUACGUUUUACUUAGCACCCAUCUUUUCUUAGGCGUUUUGAGCAAUACCAACUACUGUGACAUAUGCAAUGACCACAUAGCUUGCAAUAAUAAUGGAGAAAAAGCUGCUGAUUGUGCUUCAGAUGCAGCACUGGUUAACAUAACACCUGAACUCAAAAAUCUACUCCUCGAUGCACACAAUAGCAAACGUAAUUCCGUGGCUGGUGGUAAUGUAGAAAAUCACAGUCCAGCAUGUCGUAUGGCUACUAUGCAGUGGAACGAUGAGUUGUCCUCACUUGCUGCCUUAAAUGUGAAACAGUGUGUCAUGAAACAUGACUCGUGCCACAAUACAGUGGCUUUCAAAUAUUCUGGGCAAAACUUAGCUUAUAUUGGCUUUUGGAAUGAACCAAAUUACCAAACCUUAUCAACAAGAGCAGUGGACUUAUGGUUCGGGGAAUACAAAGACAGUAAUAUGAAAUAUAUACAAAAAUUUCCUUCAGAUAAUUCAAUUCUGUUUAAAAUUGGCCAUUUUACAGUUAUGGUGGCGGAUAGAAAUACUCACGUGGGAUGUGCAGCUUUGACUUAUUCAAAACCUAAUUCAUAUAAAGUUUUUCUGAUUGCUUGUAAUUAUGCAACUACAAAUAUCGUUGAUUUUCCAAUUUAUGGUGAUUGUCCUACUGCCGGUACUGGUUGCGUUACAGGUACUAAUCCGUCGUACCCAAAUUUAUGCAGUCUUUCUGAACAGUACAAUGUUAAUAAAUUUUAUUAAGAUGAAUUCUUUAAGCACAAAUCUGAUAAUAAUGAAAUAUGAAAAAAUUA